AUGGGCUGCGGGAGAAAAGGAGGCUGGGAGGGGCUGAGCCAGAGGGUGAAGUGGAGCUUGCAGGUUGCCGUGGCCUUCCUGGUGGCGUUUCAGCAGAACAAGCAGCUGAUCGGCGAGAAGGGGCUGCUCCCCUGCAAGCUCUACCUGCAGGACGUCAAGAGAUACUUCAAGGGCAAGGUGGGCCUGGAUGCCCUGAGCUAUGCACCCACUCUCCUCUGGUUCCUGGACUGGUCUGCCGUGGACAGCAGCUUGGAUGGCCUGGCCCUGGCCGGGCUGGCGCUGGCGGCCUUCGUGCUGCUGACCGGCUGUGCCAACAUGGUCCUCAUGGCCCUGCUGUGGCUCCUCUACCUCUCCCUGGUCAACGUUGGACAGAUCUGGACUUUUCUGCUGGUAGCAGCAGGGUCACAGCAGCGCUCAGGAGGUGAUUCCCGCUUGUUCCAGGUCCUGCAUCCCGAGCUUUUCCACCAGUAUCCCAGCCCAGGGAGGCUCAGCCUGGCUCUGUUCCCAUUUUUCCCUGGGCUCAGUGUCCGGCCUGAGGAAUCCCAGUGGGAUUCCCAAGGCCGCCGCCUCAGCGUUUCCUUUUGGCACCGGCAGGAUUUGACCAAAGCAAAUCCCGCUGGAGCCUCACAAACGGUGCAGCCACCUGAGCCCGGGUUUGGAAUCGUUUUUGGCUUUGGAAAGGAGCGUGGGCAGCGUUGGUGAGUGCUGGGGCUCAGCUGCAUCAUCCACAUCUGCUCUCCUGACCAGUGGGAUGCUUUUGGGAAGAGCCAGGAUGGCAGAUCCCAUUCCUCACCCCCUGCCUGCCUGCAGCCCUGCCCAGGCACCUUUCCCAGCACUGAGGAGCAAGCCUCCUCCUCAUCCUUUAUUUUUAAUGUUAGCCCCGUUCCUCCCGUUUAAACGUGGAUGUUGUAAUUGCAGAGCACAGAAUCCCAGCUUUCAGAGCUCUGUGACCACAAGAAAGCGAAUGCAGAAACCAGACUGGUUUCAUUUGCUCCCCUUCCAGCUGAUUUCCUCCCCUCACCGUGGCUGUGCAGUGCUGAAGGCUUGGCAGGGGCCAAAACCAGCUGUCAGGAAGGUUUCUCACCCCCCACACGUUUAAGUUAAUGAUGUUCUGAAAUUAACGGUGCACCAGGCUAAUCCUGGAUCUCAUUUUGGUGGGUUUUGCCAGUGAUGUUUCUCAGCUGGGCUGGGGGAAGUGAAUCCUCGGGUUCUAGGAAAAAAAACAAAACAAAAACCGGGUGUUUUUCCAUCCUGAGUGUUUACAGCUUUAAUUGGGUUGGUACAUUGUGGUUUUCCAGCAAGCUUUCAGUCACUUUUGGAAGCGGUGGAUGAGCUUUUCCACUGCUCAGAGCCAGGGAAGUGGCAGUGCCUGGCUCUCCCUUUGCUCUGGAAGUGGCUGCAGGCACAGGAGAGGCUCAAGCCUUGGCACAAGGAGGGGAAAAGCGGAAGGAACUGGGUUGGAUUAGCCGAGGGAAAAUUAAAAAAGCUAAUUAAACUAAUGAGCUGAGGGAAAGGAGACGGAGAAAAAGUGUGUGGUAGAAGCAGAGAGGUUGUGGAUUCAUCCUGGAAGUGUACCAGGCAGGGCUGGGAGAACCUGGGGCAGUGUGAUGUGUCCCUGCCAUGGCACUGGGUGAGCUCUGAGCUCUUCCCAGCCCAAACCAUCCCGGGAUUCUGUCCCCUGCCCUGUCUCCCUGCGCACAGGACAAGCAGCUGCUGGUUUGUGUGGUGGGAAGGAAGAUCCAGGUCAGGCUUAAGGAAAAGCCUCCUACAUGUCCAUGUGGAAUAAUCCCAGGCUGGAUGCCUGGAGAGGGAGGGGAAAUCUCCAUUUCUGCUUGGCCAGGCCUCUGGCUCUCUCACGAUCCUAUCCUGGGACAGGCGCAUUUCCCACAUUUUCUCUGCUUCCGUGGCUUCACCCUUUCUAACACCCUGCUGGAUUUGUGGCAGGUGCUUUCCCCAAAAUCCAGAUUUCCCCGUUGCUGGAAUUUUGGAAGGGAGCAUGCUGUGACCAGGGGCUGCUCCAGGGGUGAUGAUGAUCCCCUGCUUCCAUCCCUCCCUGCCUUCCCAGGGAUGGGAGACCUCCUGGAAAGCUCCUUCUGGGGACCAGAUCCUGAUGGGGAAUAGGAGCCAAAGGACUUUUCCCUCAUCCUGAGCUGCGGAGCCCAGGGAGGGAGAGGGAUUGGGGAUGGAGAUGGAAGUUGCCAUCUGGGCUCACUUUCCCUGGAGGAUGUUCUCCGUGGGGAGCAGCAGUGGGAGCUUUAGGGGCGAGGAGGGAAUUCUGCCUGUGGAAAUGUAGC